AUGAGCUUAAGAGAACAUCUGCUCGCUGCUGGCGCUGGACAGCCCGGCGUGCAGCCUCUCCCCCAGCACUCCCCACACGCCCAGCAUCCCCAGCACCCGCACACUGCUGGCCCACCACACGCCAUCGACCCGGCAAUUGGGGGCUCCGCCUACGACAUGAGCGCCGGCGGCCCCGACGAUGGGAACACGAGCGAGGGUCGCUCCAAGGGACGGAGAGAGCUGUCGACAUCUAAGCGUGCCGCACAGAAUCGCGCUGCCCAGCGCGCAUUCCGCCAGCGUAAGGAAGAGUACAUUAAGCAGCUGAAAGACCAGGUCAAGGAGUUCGAGCAGCUAUGCGAGCUGUACAAGACACUCCAAACCGAAAACUACCAAUUGCGCGAUUACAUCAUCAAUCUGCAAUCGCGACUACUCGAAACCCAGGGCGAGAUACCACCUGCGCCGGCUGGUGUAGAUCUCAACCGGCCCCACGAACAGCCAAACAUGCACCAACAACCGAACCCACCACAGCCGCCCCAACAGCCCGAGCAACCACAGCAGGGCUCGAACAACAACAAUGGAGGACUCUCGGAGCGCCAAAUCGGCGAGCUGCAAAUGGCAGCGCAAGCAGCAGCAGCCGCCCAACACGGCGCAUCAGGCAACAAGCACACCAGCUCUGAAGGUUCGUACGACUACGCCGAGAAGCGCCAAAAGGUCGACGAGCCACCGCAAGUAGGCUCAGGUUCCUCCGCCGCAGAUUACGACGCUUUUGUCAACGAACUCCAGCAAUCGUCCAGCAAGCAGACCGCAUAG